AUGGUGCCGCUUGUUAGCCUGGAGUCGUCGUCUCCCUUCCAUGGCUGUGCUUCCUCAAUGUUGCAAGUAGCUGUGGACAGCUGUGGCAAGGUCGAUGGCCUCUAUCAGCAUUGCUCCGAUGAGCGGAUCCAAAGGGACCUGGAGAGAACUUUGAGCCUCCGUCUGUCGGACUAUAUGCUUGCUCAGGUGAAGAACUAUCCCGAUGUCAGAGGGGUUGGACUGACGAAACGGUCGCUGCUGCUUGCUAUGGUUUUAGGUCUGGGCUUGACCGGCACCGUGAAGACCAAGAAGUUGUGGUCAGCGAUGAGCGAAUUCGACCCAGAAGUGGCCAAAAAGUUCGAUGAACUGCUGACUGCUUGCUGGGAAGCACCACAAACGAAGCAGACAGACAACAGCUGGUGGAAUUCUGGCAGUGGCGCGUGGGGUGGAGGUAAAAACGAUGAUGAUGAUUGGGGUACAUGGAGAGACCGAAGUCGCUCAUCUCGGGGAGAUCGAACUGCCCGCAAAGAAAAUGGAGCUUCUUACGGUUGGGCCGAGCCGACCCAAGGCAAGCAGAAAGCCAAGGAGGAGCCUGCUCCAAAGAAGGCGAAGCUUGCUCAGAAACUGUCGCAGGCCAAGAAUGACAAGGACAACAAGAUCAAGAGCUUUAGGGAGGCUUUUAUUGACAAUCCUGGUCCUCCACGUCAGAUGUCCUAUGCAAAUCAGCAUGACGAUCGCGCUGACGGCUUUAUAGGGGGUGAGAGCUUCGACACGCGCAGUGAAGGAGGCAAGUCGACCGCCUCCGGCGAGCCGAUAAAGGGCCGCAAUACGGACCCUGAGCGCUCCUUCAUGCGCUUCUGCGGGCAGCCGAAGCCGGAAGAUGUUCGGCCACUGCACGUCCUGCGGGAGGCCCUCGUGCUGGCCAAAGAGAAAUGGAGGAGCCAAAAAGAUUGGAGCCAUGUUGGUGAGAUGUUAAGAAGCAUCUCACAAGACUUGAGGGUUCAGCAUUUACACAACGGCUUUGCUGUCGAGGCUCACGAGUAUUGGGCACAAGUCGCCCUCGAGUCCGGGGACUUCCGUGCCUUCAACACAGCAGCGCAAGAGCUGGAGGCCUAUUACGAGGACCCGGAGCUAGAGCAAGGUGCCGCCAAGGUGAAGGAGAUCUUAGCAUGGUACAUCCUCUACUUGGCCAUCGAGGGCGAAGGGGUGGCCACCAGCCGCUUCCUGCAGAAGCACUCGAAGCGUCUUGGUGUUGGCGCCGAGAGCACGACACCCGUCGUGCAGUUCGCUCUGAGUCUUCGAAGAAAUCUGGCGCAGCAGCGAUUUCUGCAAGUCGUUAAGACCCUGGGUUCACAGCCCGCUGACAAUAAGAAAGAUGUCGCUGAACCACUGAUCCCCAACAGUCUGAGGCUGGAGAUGCUUCGCAAAGCCAAGCUUGAGGCGCUCAUCUCGCUCUGCAAGGCCUUUGACAAGAUGAGGGAUCUGCGGCGCUCGCGUCUGGAAAGCCUAGAUCUUCUCUCCGAGGCUGAUGGCGGCGGCGAACUGCCCAUCAUCUACCAGGAGCCAGACAGUGACUUGGUCGACACUCACGCAACUCAUGAGGAGGCGAAGAAGCUGCUCGGGCAGCACGACAAGCGGCAGGUACUUCCAACAGGAGGCGUACGCAUUGUCCGCCGUCUGGGCCGGCCGUCCAAUGAGCACCUGACAAACUUCGUCCGCCAAAACAGCGGAGUAAACGCUGCGACGAAACCGCAAAGGAAGCAGCCAAGAAUGGUCGAUUAA